AUGGCUCCUAUUCUCGAGACUGCGGUCUCCCUUCUCGCUCUUGCCGGUACUGUCGCUGAGGCUACGCCUCUUUUGAAGCCCGGACGUCACGCGUCACCUGGUGUGGCCAACAUCCUGUCUUCUUCCAAGAGGUCUCUGCACAACUUGCUUGCGAGGUACUACGGAUCUACCUAUGGCUUUACCAAGCCCUCUCCUCUUCCAGAGAAGCGUGACACCUCUCUUCCCGAUGGCUGGUCUGUCUUUGGCUGUGUUGCCGAGUCGACCGAUGAGCGACUUCUUCAAGGCUUUGCUUUCUCUUCAAGCAGCCUGACUCCACUCCUCUGUGUGAAUGAGUGUACCAAGCUUGGUUACACGAUGGCUGGUACCGAGUUUGGAGAUGAGUGCUACUGCGCCAACUCUUACUCUGGCAACGGCGGUGGUCUGGCGGACGACUCGACGUGCGGCAUGGGUUGUGGGGGUGAUUCGAGCGAGACCUGUGGCACUACCUGGUACCUCAACCUCUACACCUACAACUCUAGCAGCCUCGCUUCUUGCUCGUCCGACUCCACUACUACCUCCUCUGUCGCUUCUGUAUCUGCUUCCUCGACCGUCUCCGAGUUGUCUGCUUCGGCUACCGAGUCAGCCACCUCUUCCCUCGAUUUGGCUACUUUGAUCGCCGAUGCUUCGUCUACCGAGAGCGCGUCUUCUUCUCAGAUCACCGGCACCGAGACGGCCUCUUCUGCCUCUGCCACCGCUACCUCUUCCGAGGCCGGUGCUACCAUCACUGCGUCUGCCACCAGCUCUGUCGCCACAUCCUCUUCCACUUCUACGGCCUCCAUCUACGAAGACUCUGACAAUGCUUCCGAGUGGUACGCUCUUGGCUGUGCUAUCGACUCUUCCAACCGUGUGCUAUCCGAGUACUCUGUUAGCAUGAGCGAUAUGACUGUCAACUCUUGUCUUUCCGCUUGUGAGGACUUGGGCUACAAGUAUGCCGGUGUCGAAUUCGGCGAGGAAUGCUACUGUAGCUCUACCCUUGCGUCUGCUGUGACCUACGACGAGGACCAGUGCAACGUCGUCUGCAACGGCGACGAGGAGGAGACUUGCGGCGGUACUUGGGCCAUCGAGAUCUUUGAGCUCAUUUCUUCCGCGGUCUCUUCCUCUUGCUCCAACAGCACUGCUUCCGCCACCUCCUCUGUGGCUUCCUUGACCAGCGGUGUCUCUGUCUCUGUCACUGCGUCUGCGUCUGCCUCCAGCUCUGCGGCUACCAGCAUCUCUGAGACUCUCUCUGAAUCUGCCUCCGAGACCGUUUCCCAGAGCGCUUCUGCCAACGAAACCGAGUCUGCUACCGCCUCUCUGACAGUCUCCAGCACCGAGUCUGUGUCUGCGUCUACUACAGCUACCGCCUCCGGCUCUGCUACCACUGCCGACUCUACCACUGUGCCUUCUUCCAGCGCCGAACACCAAGUCUGGGCUCACCACAUGGUCGGCAACACCUACUCGUACACCAGCUCCAACUGGGCUAGCGACAUUGCUUCUGCCACUGCUGCCGGUAUCGACGGUUUUGCCUUGAACAUUGGCUCCGACUCUUGGGGGUCUAGCCGAGUUUCCGACGCUUACGAUGCUGCUGGCUCUAGCGGCUUCAAGCUGUUCUUGUCUCUCGACAUGACCUCUUUGGCCUGCGCUUCUUCCUCUGAUGCUGCCAACCUUGUCAGCCUCGUCUCUCAGUUCGCCUCCGAGUCUGCCCAGGCUACCUACAACGACAAGGUUGUCGUUUCCACCUUUUCUGGUUCCGACUGCGCCAUCGACUGGCAGACCAGCUUUGUUGACGCCCUUACCGCCGCGGGCAUUGACAUCUUCUUCAUCCCCAGUCUCUUCUCCGACGUCUCUACCUUCUCCUCCAACACUUGGAUGGACGGUGAGCUCAACUGGAACUCCGGUUGGCCCACGGGAUCUACCGAUAUCACCACCGACUCUGAUGAGAGCUACAUCUCUGCUUUGGGUGACAAGGUCUACGCUGCCGCCGUCUCUCCCUUCUUCUACACCCACUUCAGUCCUUCCUCUUGGAACAAGAACUGGUUGUACCGAUCUGACGACUGGCUCUACUGCACCCGAUGGGAGCAGCUCAUCUCCAUGCGAGAGACUGUCAAGUUGGCCGAGAUUUUGACCUGGAACGACUACGGAGAGUCUUCUUACAUUGGUUCCAUCUCUGGUGACCUUCCUUCCGGCUCCGAGGCCUUUGUUGAUGGCAUGACCCACACCGGUCUUCUCUCCCUUACCAACUACUACGCUACUGCGUUCAAGACCGGUGCCUACCCCUCCAUUACCGAGGAUGAGCUCGUCAUGUGGGCUCGACCCCACCCUCACGAUGCGACCGCCACGUCCGACUCUAUCGGCAGGCCUACCGGCUACUCUUACACUGAGGACUACUUGUACGCAGUCGUCAUGGCUACCGAAGCUGCUACUGUCACCCUCACGUCCGGUUCCACCACCGAGAGCUUCUCUGUCGAGGCUGGUCUUACCAAGCUCAGGAUUUCUCUUGCUGCUGGUUCCAUCUCUGGUACCAUCACGAGGUCUGGUAGCACUGUCGCUUCUUACGACGCUGGUUCCGACUUCUCUUACACCACUUCUCCCACGACUUACAACUAUAACUACUUUGUCGGAUCGAGCUCCUCAUAA